AUGCGGCCUGAUGACAUCAACCCGAGGACUGGGCUGGUGGUGGCCCUGGUCAGUGUCUUCCUGGUCUUCGGUUUCAUGUUCACCGUCUCUGGGAUGAAAGGGGAGACUUUGGGAAACAUACCCCUCCUGGCCAUCGGGCCAGCCAUCUGCCUACCAGGCAUUGCGGCCAUUGCCCUGGCCAGGAAAACCGAGGGAUGCACCAAGUGGCCGGAGAACGAGCUGCUAUGGGUCCGCAAAUUGCCCUGCUUCCGGAAACCCAAAGACAAGGAGGUGGUGGAGCUGCUGAGGACCCCUUCAGACCUGGAGUCCGGCAAGGGGAGCUCAGAUGAGCUGGCUAAGAAGGCAGGCCUCAGGGGGAAGCCUCCCCCACAAGGCCAGGGUGAGGUGUCCAUGGCCAGCUCCAUCACCACCCCCACACCCACGGAGGAAGGAGAAUGCCAGAGCCUGGUCCAGAGUGGGCAUCAGGAGGAGACGUCCAGAUACCUGGACGGCUACUGCCCCUCAGCCAGUUCCCUCACCUACAGUGCCUUGGACAUCAAGUGCUCAGCAAGGGACAGACCUGAGUGCCCUGAGCCCGAGGACAGCAUCUUCUUUGUGCCCCAGGACAGUAUCAUCGUUUGCUCCUACAAGCAGAACAGCCCCUAUGACAGAUACUGUUGUUAUAUCAAUCAGAUACAAGGCAGGUGGGACCACGAGACCAUCGUCUAAUCUCUGCAUACAAAGGUCGCUGG